AAAAAAAACAUACAAACAAAAAACAGGGAAAUUCAAUACGGGAGGGCGGUGCUCCUCCCCUAGCUUCAUGGAUGGGCCACCCACGCCUCUGCAGCCUCACUUCCGUUACCACGGAGCCGAGCGUCGUCACAGUUUCUCCACGCGGAAUUCUGGGAACUCAUCGGGUUCUGGUUGGCUUAUUAGCCAUCUGUGCCCCUGGGUUUGAGUUGUUUUAGUCAGGAUGUCCCCUAGAUGCUUCUGAGAUCGACAGUAAUUGUGUCUCCGGCGAGAAGGAAGGAGCGAGGUUUGAAAGCCCUGACUUCCCAAAAAGCAGUGCUGGAAGCCAUAAAGCCACAUGUGACUAAGACUGACUGAAGUCGGAGGUUAUACACCUGGGAAUGACCGUAAUUAGAGGCUACAAGGAACACAGACCUGACUAUCUGACAAGGACUGGCCGUGUGGUCAGUGGUACCGUUGGGUCGUCUCUCUCUUUCGAUUUCUGCCUUUUUCAGCUCUGCAUCUCCCGGAAGGAAGGGUAAAAAUGAGUGCGCCCAUGGGAGACAGAGACAGACAUCUGUUUACCCCAAGUAGGGAAUCCACAACAGACUCAAGUAACAAUAUGACCCAAGUCCAAGUUGAGGAAUUGGAGGCAGUAACAUUCAAGGAUGUGGCUGUGAUCUUCACUAAGGAGGAGUUCAGGCUGCUGGACUCCACCCAGAGGAAGCUGUACCAAGAUGUGAUGGUGGAGAAUUUUCGGAACCUGCUCUCAGUGGAGUAUCAACUUUUCAAACAAGAGAAACCACAGCUAGAAAGAGAAGAGAAGCCUAGGGAGCAAGGUUCAGGAAUGAACAACCAGAGUGAGAGAGGAGCUGUCCAAGGUGGAAGGUCACCGGAAGCCCUUUCCUGCUGGCAAAUCUGGCAGUGGGUCACGGACGACUUAACCACAUGUCGGGACUCUGUGGUAAAUGCUCCUCAGUUACAGGACGAUUCUCCCUGCUGGGUCAGGCUAAGGUCAUCUCCUGACGUUUCUGAAGAUGAGAACUAUAUAAAGAGUCAUAAAGUAAACGUUCCCAUCCAUACGGGAAGGCUCCCGCUUUCCCAGAAAACUUUACUGACUGAGCCGCAGACUCGUAAGGAGCGAUACCAGCAAGUCUCCAAGAGAGAUGACCAGGGUCAGAGUAAACCGGAUAUACACUCUACAAGUAGGAGUUCACAUCCCCACCCCGAUCGUAGAGGACACAAGAGUAAACAGUCGUAUAGCCCCGGCGAUCGCGGGAGAGACAGUACAGAGGUGGCGCCAUUUGACCAGAAUGGAGUGAGUCACACUAGACAGAAAAGCUCCCCAUACAAAGAAGCUGUUUCCGAUCUCUGCAGCUCUGCUCCUCACCAAGUGUUGGACUCGGGAGAGAGGUCUCGUGCGUGUGCUGAAUGUGGGAGAGGCUUCCCCUGUGGCACAGACGGCUGCGCUCAUGAAGAUCGCACAGGAGAAAAGCGUAAGGAGUCCGGUCAUAAUCUCCCCAUCCACCAGGGGGACCAGACAGUAGCGAAACCACACACAUGUGGGCAGUGCUGGAAAACCUUCAAUUGCAGGUCCGCCCUUAACAUCCAUCUGAAGGUGCACACCAGGGAGAGACCUUACAACUGUGAGGCAUGCGGGAGUGCCUUCAGUCAGGCCUCCCACCUCCAGGACCACCAGAGACUCCACACCGGGGAGAAACCGUUCAAGUGUGAUGCCUGCGGCAAGAGUUUCAGUCGCAACUCCCACCUGCGGUCCCACCAGAGGGUCCACACGGGAGAGAAACCAUACAAGUGCCAGGAGUGUGGGAAAAGCUUCAUUUGUAGCUCAAAUCUCUACAUUCAUCAGAGAGUCCACACGGGAGAGAAACCCUAUAAAUGCGUGGACUGCGGGAAAGAAUUUAGUCGCCCUUCGAGUCUUCAGGCCCAUCAGGGCAUACACACCGGAGAGAAAUCGUACGUGUGUACUGUGUGUGGUAAGGGCUACACUCUGAACUCGAACCUCCAGGUCCAUUUGCGAGUCCACACUGGAGAGAAGCCGUACAGUUGCGAUGCGUGCGGGAAAGGCUUCAGUCGCUCGUCACAGCUGCAGUCCCACCAGAGAGUCCACACGGGGGAGAAGCCCUACAAGUGUGAAGUUUGUGGUAAGAGCUUCGGUUGGCGGUCAAAUCUUAUAAUUCACCACAGAAUCCACAGCAGCGGUAAACCUUACAAGAGCAAGAGAGACAGUAAAAGCACUGGGGAACCCGUUCAGGAAAAAUGUUCUAUAAAAUAGUGCUUGAACUGA